CCUCCUGUCCUGUGAGUUGAUCGGUGAGUCAUCAUCCUUCUCACAGCAACAUUUUCAGGAAAACUUGAUUCAGUCGUCCACUCCAGGGUGAAGAGUCCAAUCGUAUCGGCACCCCGUGUGAACCUCCUCCUAGGCCGAAUUGUUGGCUUUUGUCUCCCGUUUGCCUCAGAGUGGAGAAGUACCAAGUGAGCACAAUGAUGAGGAGUGGGGUGGCUCUGACUACGUUGCUUCUGGUGGGCUUUGUUUGCGGCCAGGACGUGCACCCUGACGCUCAGGUCUUCUGCGAUGACCCGUCCGUUGAGGCGGCCGUCACCAGCGCUUUACACACUUUCAACGACAGGUUGACCGCCAGCUACAAGUUGGCGCUGUAUCAGAUUUUGACGGCCACCAAGUCAGAGAACGGCUCGGAUUCUUUGUACUCGCUGCAGUUUUCCAGCAGGACGAGCGACUGUAUGGCGGGAAGUCCCAAACCGUACACAGAAUGCAACUAUCACCCUUUUGGGCGUCAAGAGCCGCUCCCAUGCAACGCCACAGUCCUAGUGACGGAGACGGAAAAGCACACCAAAGAAGUGCACUGUCUGCAGGAUGACCAUAUUGUGCCCGAAAGUGCGUCCUGUCUGGGUUGCCCGAUGGUAAUUGGCGAGAACUCGGAGGACAUUAAGGUUCCUCUGUCAGUUUCCAUCUCCAAGUUCAACUCCGACUCCAACUCCACACACCUGUUCAGUCUUGAUAGCGUCGGACAUGCAACCAGACAGGUGGUGGCAGGUUUCCGAUUCAAACUGGAAUUUGACAUGAGGAGGACCACCUGCGCCAAAGUUGAACACAGCGAACUCAGCGACUUGUGCGUGCACGAUGACGAGACGAUGGAAUUCUUUCACUGCCGUUCCACGGUGGAUGUGGCACCGUGGAGACAUGUGGCCCCUCAGGCCAAUAAUGAAUGCCAAGAAGGUCCUCUCCCACCUCGGCCCAUGAGCCGACGCCUGCCCCCCGGCUGGACUCCCUUUAGGGACGCUAUCCUAGAACAGACCCCCGUGGGUGGUGGAGGCAAAAAAGAAUCAUCGGAGGAGGACGCGACCGACGCGUCUCCGACCGCUGCGACGGCUGAAGGUCCAAACAACGACCCCUUCCACUGCCCGUCCAAGCCGUGGAAGACAUUCCUCCCCAUCCGCCCUGUCGCUCCCAACCCGGAUGGUACGUCUCCAGCUCCCACAAUCAGGCCUCUUCAUGACGAAGACCUUCUGGGGUGAACGCCUCAUUAAAUCAUAAUUUCCUUUUUCCUGCUUUUGGACAAUUCUGAAGAAAUAUUCCGAUGCCACAAAGAGCUAAGGAAACGUAGAAUCAGGAGAUGUUUUGAUUUCAAUUUAACAUGAGAGUAUCAGGCUAUUGCAUACAUUUAAAUGGUAAACAUUUUAUAAAACACAAGUGAAUACAGCACAUGUUAGAAUCGUGGCAUAAAGAUGUUAAGAUUGCCAAGUUGGCCAAUAUAGAGAAAUUAAAAGUCGUACGACCUUG